UUUGAACACUUGGGUAAACUAAAGGACAGUUCGACAUCAAUAUAGCAAUCAUUGAACAGUUGAGUUAUACUAAGCAACGGAUCGUUAACACAGACGAGAGCGGUGGUCAAUGGCUAAAAUUUGUGAGGGUCUUAAACUCUGUUCCGUAAAAAUUUUACGAGGACAACUAGUAAGGAGCAUGAAUGAGUCCAGUCAACAAUUUAAACACGAAUAACCCACGAUUCACCAAAGUAUCAAGCCCUAACAGUCAACAGCGCGAGCUGUACGAUGGAAGCUCAGAUCGAUGUCUCCAAGGCAGCCUACAAAUGGCAACUCUAGUACAUUUGUUUCAAUAAUUGUUUCUAUCCUAUCGAUUGUAGUAAUGUGAAUCGGGGUCCAAGCAACAGACGCUUACUCAAUGAUCGGACGGACUAAACAACAAUACAACGCUUUUAGACACAAAGGAUCAUGAAGCCUACGGCUAGAUCUAAGUAUAAAGCCUAUGGUGCUGUUUGCUCUGGUAAUAAUAGCGUCAAAAUGUUGAUCUAGGCUUACAUUACAGUCCAAUAGAAUACCUUAAUCCACUCAGAACGAGGAAGUGUGACGACAAUAAGUUUGUAAUUGUGUUUUAAAGAGUGCUUACUGCGAGAGAAGGAUAUAACAGUACUGUCGUUGGCAGAUAACAUACAGUAGGUGACCGCUAACUGGAUGUGUUUUAACUGGAGUGCUUUUUAACUGGAGGUUCGCUAACUGGAGUGAUUCUCAGUUAACGAACACUUAAACGUCAAAACAUGAAACAUCCGGAAUCUCAUGAAGAGAAAUUUGUCACAAAUGUGCAUUUUUCAAACAAAUUUAGGGUCUCUUGCCUACGUUUGCUAUUAGUUUAUGUUAUUACACGAAUUAUACUUUAUAUCAAUAUAACUGAAAAAAAAGUUUGGUAUGUUUAUUCCAGUCAACACCGAUCAAAACAAUCAAUCCAUAGAAACGUCACUCCAGUUAGCGAACAUUGUUCGUUAAUUGGAGCUUGUUUACCUCUCAGUUAGCGGUCACCUACUGUAUUCGCAAAACAACAAGAUUGGAACAGGGAGACAGAGUACUGCACUAUUUAAACAGUCACUACUAUUUCUAAUCGCAGAGUACAUUUUUAAAUCGUCAGCAUAUAAUAACGUUGAAGAUUUCGGUAUUGCCAAAACUACGUAGUUGACAAAGAUGUUAAACAGUAACGGACCCAGUACGCUUCCUUGAGGGACACCUGCAACAUUGGAAUAAUCUUGCAAGAUGCUAUCUCCUAUCCUGACGAUCAAGGUACGAUGGCAGGUACAAUUUCAAAAAGCUUGCUGUCUGCGCAAAGCAUACAGCAGGAAAAUACCCCGAACGAAGUGACUUGUUGUACAAAUAAGUAAGAGGUGGAGCCAGGGAUCUGAUGCACUUAGUUAGCUACAACAAUACCUGGUAUGCUGUCCGGACCACACGCCGUAGACGGCUUCAGUCCCGAGGCAGCUAGAAGAACAUCUUCAAGUAGGACGGCAGAGGAACGUCGACGCAGUCUGCCGAAGUCGCGCGUAUUUAAAUGUUUCCCGCUGAACUGCUGACCAGUGACCGGUCGGUGACACUGCCGCUGCGACACUGUCUACUGUGUGCUGCCCAGAUUGGUCGUCAACACGGAACGCGCCCCGGGGAAGCUGUCGCUGUUCCGCGUCUGCCGGAAGUAAUCAGCUUUUGGGGCGUAAGUAUAGCUGAGCAGGGCCACGAUCAACGUCUUGCACUGAAUUGAGCGUGUCGCAACGCGUAAAGCGCGGCAACGGCCACGCAUUGACCAUUCGCUGCGCAUUCGUGUUUUGCGUGUCCACCAAAGGUGUGUGUUUGGGGAUCGGAUUUUUCCGUUUCUCGCAAACAGCAGCCGGUGUCUUUCUUCCACUCACACACACACACACGUCGUAUUUGGGAUGAAUGGGUGGAAUGAGGAAGCGAAAAUAAAUACUGCUCGAUCAUGUUCUUCCGGCGCGCGGCCGCAAAAGAAGAGCCGAAGUGCGCUCAUGCGUGCCGUGGUCUUGAAAAAUGCGGCUUUGCGGCGGUACACGGUGGUGACAAUUCAACGCGGGCCAGAGAUUCAUGAAUGUUACCUCCUAGCAUCCCCCUCUUUUUUUCUUGCCGUUUUGGAGCAGAACAGUGAUGUCAAACUCGCUUUGGGUCACUGGCCGGUAUGCAGUUAAAAAUAUUCCCACGGGCCGCAGUUCACCGGAAACGGGGAGGUUGCGCUGAUUUCAUAUUCCAGUUUUAAAUCCGUAUUAAAAUCUAACUUUUUCUUACGAAAAAGUAAAACAAAAAUAGGCAGAUAGAAUUGGUAGGUUGUGGAGGUUUCUUUUACUUUUUUUAAAGAUUCUAAUCAAGGAAAGGCGUAAAGGGCAUAUGCAUAAUUUUGCCACUGUUUUGGAAGCAUUUUUAAAUAAUAAUAAAUUUUAGUUGUUGUUCAAUUGUUAAUUUUUCCUUAGCCGUUGCUUUCCAUCGGUGAAAAUCAUUAAAGACAUAUCCUUGGACCUAGAAUCAUAUCUACAUAUUUUGAUAGGCUUCAACGAAUCAAUUCAUGGCAAAUAAUAUCUCAUAAAUCUUUGAUUAUGUUUAAAUAACGAACAGGAAAAUAACACUUUACUACGCCAACCAGUUCAUAAUAUUUACUUACAGGGUUUUCCAGGAGUUAUCAUAGCUGUGGGACACUUUAUUGAAUCUUUCUUAGGUGAAAUGAACUUAAUGUAAUGGGAAUUAGACUCUAUAGCACCCUUGUUGUACGAAAGCAAUAGGAAUUUCCAAGGGGCCUGUCCAAAAAGGGUUCCUUGGAGUCUAAUUUCCAACAUAUGGAGUUCACUUCUAAUAAGAAAGAGUCAAGGAAGUGUCCGACAACUAAGAGAACCCCUGGAAACCUCUGUACAUCUUCAGUGGUAGUCGUCCUAAAUCAAAAAAUUUAUGGAUAAACCACAUAUGUGAUAAACCUUUAAGCCUUCCUGAGCAGUUUUUCAAACGCUUCGGUUGAGCGAGAGCGAGAAAAAAACAGGCCAGUAUCUCAUACAGGGUUUCCCACGAUAUAUUGGUUGGUUCCCAUCAAUUUUUGGUGGAUUCCCAUAUUUUUUUGGUGCGUUCCCACGAUUUUUUGGUCGUUUCCCAGAAUUUUUUGGUCUAAUUGUAUUGAUAUCCAAUCGGAAAAUACCAAUAAAUUAUAGGAUCGAACCAAAAAUCUAUGGGAUACAACCAAAAAAUCGUGGGAACGCACCAAAAAAUCAUGGGAACUGACCAAUAAAUCGUGGGAAACCCUGUAACACGAAUUUCAAAUGCAACCUUAUGGCAGCGCCAAUGACUAAUAACGAUAACUCACUACAUCGGUAAAUAUUAGAUAACUGUAUGAGGUCAUUCUGUUAACGAAAAGAAACUUUUUUCUAUGGGAACGCUCUGCGGUUGCCAUACCAAAUAAGCCACUAUGAGUAAAUUAGUUGAACUAAUAAGACUCAAUGUUGAAACCUUCAUCCAAAGCGAAACAAAAUUAGCACAACAUAAUUCCUUUUUUUAUGAUCUAAAAACUAUUCCUGCUAAGCAAUACGGCUAAGCAAUAAAAAAAACUAUUCCUGCUUCAUGCCGAAAUAACUGCCGAACUUCAUCGUGGGCCGAAUUAAAAGCCUUCGCGGGCCGUAUGUUUGACAUGUCUGGAGUAGAAUCUCGAACACAGAACGGGACACGAAAGUUGAACUUUGCGAUUUUUGGAGCCGAGCCGGCGGGCGUUAGCACAAAGGGGGAAGACGCUUUUUGUCGCCGAACGAAAGAGUGGGGUGGUGGAACGAAUAGUCAAUGGAUGGCGUUGCGAAGAUUGCCACUACCCUGGCCCUGGCCCUGGUGAACCAGCAGCGGGACGCCCAGUGGCCGGUGGUUCUAUUUAAGCCUACCGGCCGACGCUCGCCACGGUCAGUGUGCGCACGAGUGUCUUCCCGCGUGGUGUGGUGUGCAGUUGUUUGUGAACCAAAAACGAAAAAAAAAGAAUGUUGCUAAACAAUCGGUGCAAGUGUCCGUGCUCGGUGGCCCUGCUGGUCCUGGGUUUGGUGUGCAGGCUGGCAAUCGCGUACGCCUACCCGUACGCGGACGAUUUCCCGUACCAGGUGCACGGUCGGCCCAUCGCCACCGUGUCGGGCGGCUCUAGUUCGGCCGGCGUGAAGAAGCUCGUCGCCGGCAGCUCGCAGGAUGCGCGCGGCGAGGGUGGCAGCGAUGCGCGCGACCACCGGAAGGAGCACGCGUUCGACGAGGCGGGCAGCAUCGGGUCGGCCUCGGACGCGGUCCGCUACCAUCAACUCGACAAUCAACUGGACGGGCACCGGGUGGUGGACGCUAGCAAGGGCAGCACGGUCGACAAGGUGAAGCAUCUGGCGGGCGAGAACUUCGAGGCGGACAAGUCGCACAACCGGAAGCACAUCAAGUCCGGCUUCAGCAACUCGUACCACAAGGACGAGAGCGGCAGCAAGAGUUCGUACUACGAGGACUCGGACGACCACGGUGGCAAGCAGGUGUACGACAACCGGCACAACCUGCGCAACGACUACGCGGACAAGCUGUACAGCCAGGACCGGCGCAACGACUACCUGCGCGACCAUUACGAUGAUCGGGCGUCGGGCAGCGAGCUGCUCGGUGGCCACCAGUACCGGCGGGUCGGGGCGCUCGACCGUGGCAACGCAUACGGACAUCGGGACGGCUAUGCUCACAACGACCACAGCGACCAGCACUACGGCACGCAGUCGUACGGUGGGUACGAUCAUUAUCAGCCGGCCGCCAACUACCACUACGACGAUCUGUACCGGCGCCGCUCGUACUACGAUCCGCGGCCCGCCUUCGCCACCGCUCCCCUAGCACCCGCCCCCAUUACGAUCUACGAGGAUCCCCGCGACUACGCCCCGUACCCGGCGGCACUGGCCUCGCCCUAUCCGGCGCGCGAAAUCAGGGACGGAUCGGCCGUGCUGAGCCGGGACGAGAGCAGCUACCACCAUCACCACCAUCGCCUGCACCAGGACCCGGCCGCUGCCGGCGGUGGUUCGUUCGGGCAGCGGCGCCGACUCAUCUACCGGCCGAGUCCGGUGGCCGCAGCCGCACCGUUGCUGAACGGCGGUUACGGCCGCUACUGAACAACUUUGCCCAGCGGGGGCAGUCCCAUUUUUUUUAGGUUUAGCAAGCGUCGAGCGACUUUGUGAGUAUUGGAACACACGUAAGAUUUCAAACCAUUUCCAACCUGUGUCGCGACGGUAAAGUAUUGAUUUUAGCUGUGUAAUAUUUCGCCUGUAGGUCGAAUUCGAUUCGAUUGCCAGGACGCUGGCCAUAGUUGGCGUUCUGACACGAAAUAAAACAAUAAAAAGAUGCUUUGGCGAUACAUCGCAGAAGCUUCAUCGAAACUAUCUAUCGAAUCGUUUUCAUUGACCGGGUUGAACGAUAUAGAAUUGUAAAAUUAUUUGUUUAAGUAUCCACAAUGGAAGUGCUUUUAUCACGACUGAAUGUACAAUUUCUGGAUUAAACAUUAUACGCAACUAAAUACAUAUUUAAAAUCUAAUAGUUGUGUGCAUUUUUGCUAAAUAAAUAGUGCACAGCUUGCAACUUUCUCGCAGCAGAAUAGCAAACGUUAAUGUGUCUCAACCUGAGUUUCAAUAAAAAAGAAAGGAUUCGCGUGUGACGGAACACGCAUGGAAAUGUGUAUGUUAAUCUAUAUAAGGAGCAGAAAAUGUAUAGCCUUACCCAUGAAUUCGUCUUCGUGUUUCAAUCGAUACGGAGUUCGAUGCGUUCUUGACAUCGCGGGAAUUCUCGUAGGAAUUGAAUUCAGCAAACGAGCCUAGUGGUUGUAGGGCACUAAAAUUCGUUCGAUACGAUGAAUUAGAAGUAAUUAAGUUAUUGAUUUGAUUUUCAAACCUUCUACAAAAAUUAUUUAAAAGUAAUAUGAUGCCGUUCGGUCGAACAUUCCAUUAUUUUGUGAAACGUGUCAACAUCGUUCCGGAAGCGAUCAAAUUGCAUAAAGAGACUUAUAUUCUAUGUACAGUCUGUCCCAAAAAGUAUGCGUCGAGCUGAAUAUUUUACAGGAAAAGGCGAACUAUGGCCGCAAUAGGCAUGGGGUGGUAAAAGUAAUGAUGAGGUUUGAUAAAGAAA